CUGCCAACCAUCAUCAACAAUCAUCUUCGCGGCCGCCGCCAGAACAGCUUAGUACAAGGCCAUGUCUCACGAUCCGUCAGGCAGCGACCUGCGAUACAAUGCCAGCAGACGAGGGUCUCAGUCAGUCAGGCCUGGUACAGCGGGCAGCGCAGCACCGGCUGGCAGAGUCGUGGCGUCCGACUUCCCAUCGUCGAUGCCUACCAACGCAUCCGCUAUGCUCAGGUUUGCGGCUGCGGGAGGCAGCAACAGCAAUGCCAACGCUGCCAUGGGCACCGCUUCAUCAAGCUCUCACAUGGAUCCCUAUUCUCCUAGCUGGCAAAACGGUCGGCCUGAUUCACUGGCUAGCAUUUCUUCCUUGGGUUCCGAUGAGGGUCUUUCAGACGACGGCGGCGACGGCGAUAAUGAGAACCCAAGCCGCCGUGGUCGCAACCUUCGGCAACUCGAUGACGAAGCCUUUGAUCUUGGUCCUGCGCAGUCGAGCUUCCAAUCCAGCUUCGUAUCCGACGCGGCAGAGAUGCUCAAUCCCAACCUCUACCUGCACGCCCAAGAGGCGUGGAAUCAGUGGGAUCAGCAUGUCAAGGUCGGAGGAGAGGAUGGUCAUCACGAAGAGGAAGGUCUAGCAACAAUCAGCGAGUCAGCAUUUGAGCGACAAGAGCGCAUCAGCGAGCGCGCCUCGCUUCUUUCUUCGUCGUUGGCCCAACGUCGUACAUACGGCGCCCUGCCGGCUGGGCCACCACCCGAUGAAUCUACCUUCAGCAGCAUUCGCCAUCGCGAGAGGGUCCUCUCUGCCAUCCAUGACCAGCCAAUUCCUGCCGAGGCUACAAUGAGAGAUGCCAUGAAGACGGCAGACAUUGGAGGCUCGCCCGGCUCGAACCUCGGUCUCGUCCUCAUUGCUAUCGCACAGCUGUGCUACUCUGCCAUGAACCUCUUCGUGACGCUACUCGACGAGCGUGAGGGAGAAGACGCGCCAGGUAGAGGCAAAGAUCAUCCUCCAAUCACAGCACUCGAGGUCGUGCUGGUGGAGUGCUUCAUCAUCUGGCUGGGAGCCACCGCAGCCAUGCUACUCUUCCGCACGCCGCAUCCCUUCCUCGGUCCCCCAGGAACGCGCGUCCUUCUCACCCUGCGAGGGAUAUUUGGCUUCCUUUCCACCCUCUUCCUCUAUAUGGCGCUGCAGAACCUCACACUGAGCGACGCUACCUCCAUCACCUUCCUCGGCCCCCUGGUCACAGGUGUAACGGCUGCCCUCGUCCUCCACGAACCGUUUAGCGUGCGUGAGGCUGUCGCAGGCAUGGGAUCUCUCGGCGGAGUCCUCCUCAUCGCUAAGCCUGCAGCCAUCUUUGGCUCAGCAGCUGACGGCAAUGUACCAAGCAGCGGUGGUGGUGACACGCCGCCCAUCGAGGACGGCUCCGACACUCGCGAUGCCUCGAAGCGUGUAGUCGGCGUCAUCGUUGCCCUGCUUAGCGUACUCAGCAUGUCCGGGGCCUGGGUUUCACUUCGCAAGAUCGGUCGCUCCGCCUCGACCUACCACAGCAUAGCCUACUUCGCCCUCGCCUCCUGGACCCUUUCUCUUGCCGGUAUGCUGGCUCUUGGCCAACCUCUCGUAGUUCCCAGCUCGAUUCAAAGCGGCUUUCUCCUCGCGAUGGUGGGCGUCUUCUCCCUCGGCGCUCAAGUAGCACAAACGCUCGGCCUGCAGCGAGAGAGCGCGGCGAGGGCGGCGACGAUGAGCUACCUGCAGAUCAUCUUUGCCACCUUCUUCCAGGUGGUCAUCAUCGGAACGAGCCUAGAGUUCUUGUCCGUCGUGGGAUCGGUGCUGAUCUUGGCCAACGGAGCGUGGGUAGCCGCGAGCAAGAGGCCGGAGGACCUUGUUGCGGGUCAUUGAAUGGAUUCAGCGUUCGUAGAAGACAAUGGAAGACGGGUGACGACGAGUGAUCACCCAAACUCAGCAAUCCAUCAUCUGUACAUGCGCUGCUCUGAAAGACAUCCUUAUGACAUUCUUUGAUAGAUGACGAAGCUCGAUGAGUAGAAGACAAGGUGAUGGAAAGCGGAGGGGAAUGAGAGAGGCAUGAGGGAGGGGUCGCAACGGUAAUGUGCUACAGGAGACAGAGGUCGAGCGUACAGACUAUGUGACGAGGCUUUGGUUGGGGGCACUAAAUACAUCGACAGGAGAGAC